UCAGUUUUCCCUCGGCGACCGAUUAGUGCAUAGCACGGAGUAUCGCGUGCGCGCGAGUGUAGUGAAAAAAGUGUGUGUGCGCGCGAGAGAGAGAGUGAGCGAGUCGCGCGAGUACAAUUGUAUUAUUAAAGAAACCAGCAAUAGAAAGCGUCGUGUUCUUAGUGGAAAAUGCCCGUGGUCAUCUGAUUGUGAAGUUCAUCGCAAUAGUUUUUUAUCGAGCCCCUACAUUCUUCGAGUAGUCAAAUAGAUAAUUCAACAUGGGGCGUUUUAAUGGAAAAAAAUGUCGUCUGCUGACUAUGCUCUGGCUGACAGCAUUUUUCUUCUUGGUAGAGAUUAUUGUGGGAUAUAUGACUAACUCCAUGGCGUUAAUAGCGGAUAGUUUUCACAUGUUGUCAGAUGUGGCUGCACUAGUUGUAGCUUUCCUAUCAGUAAAAAUGUCUCCGAAGAAGUGGUCGAAGAACACAUUCGGUUGGGCUCGCGCAGAGGUUUUGGGCGCACUGGUGAACGCAGUAUUUUUGGUAGCCUUGUGCUUCAGUAUAACUGUCGAAGCGUGUAAACGUUUCAUCGAAGUCGAAGAUAUUCACGAACCUGAAUUUCUCGUAGUAGUUGGAGCUCUUGGUUUACUCGUCAACCUAGUUGGACUUUGUCUUUUCCAUGAGCACGGUCAUGGCCAUUCACACGGACAUUCGUACGGCAUAAGUCACAACCGUCUGAGUACGUUGGUUGGUAGCGACGACAACGAAAACGACGAAACAUAUCGUCCACCUUCACCGAUCAAACGUAUCGGCAACGGUCAUGGACAUCACGGGCAUGCACAUGGAGAUGCCAGUCAGAUGAAUAUGCGUGGUGUAUUUCUUCACGUCUUGUCAGAUGCUUUGGGAUCAGUUAUUGUCAUUGUUUCGGCUUUGAUUGUCUGGUUAACAAACUGGAAAUACAAGUCCUACAUUGACCCAGCGCUUUCAUUGCUGUUGGUGAUUCUCAUAUUGAAAUCGGUUUGGCCUUUACUGCAAGAAUCCGCCUUGAUUUUACUGCAGACCGUUCCGACACACAUACAGGUCGAUGCGAUUCAACAAAGACUACUGGAAAACGUCGAUGGUGUAUUGGCGGUUCAUGAAUUUCACGUGUGGCAAUUGGCUGGUGACAGAAUCAUUGCUUCGGCGCAUAUACGUUGUCGCAAUUUGUCUGAGUAUAUGAAGAUUGCUGAACAAGUCAAAGAGUUCUUCCACAAUGAGGGCAUUCACUCCACGACCAUACAGCCUGAAUUUGUUGAUUAUCAAACUAAUAGCGAAAUUAAGCAGACUCCUACAGAAGACUGUGUGCUUGAUUGUCCAAAAACUGACAAAUCCUGCAACCAAGCCACGUGCUGUGGUCCUUCGAAACAGGGCCGAGAAACACCAUCUCCGGGCGAGACACCAUACCUGUGCAGACAGCGUAGCAACUUGGGUCGCUCAAGUAACUCGAUUGCUGGCGCGGUAUUGUCGGGGGUGACAACGUCCGAGCAACAAGAACUCAAUGAAAUGGAACGUGGACAUUUACUUUCACCACCACCCACUUCCGUCCAGAUGACUAGCUCGAUUCUCAUCUCGCCCUCGGUCUAGAGAGAGACCAAUUUUAAUUUAAUUUUUUUUUUGUUAAUGAUUUGUUUUUCUCGCUUUCUUGAUGAGGGACAAGCAAAUAGCGACAUGACAGUAAAUAAAUUUUUAUACAGUUUUUUUAUGAUUGAGGAUAUGUAGGAAACGAAACAGAUAUUUGUUAUUGUUUUGCAGUCCACGAACUAUUCAGUGACGUUUACAAAAAUUACAGAGUAAGCUGAAAGCCUUAAUCACUAAUCAAAUUUUUUAUACUUGUACAUCAAAUUUUUUACGAUAGAGAAGUGAGAAAGAGGUUCAUUGUAAAUAGCCCAACGAUGAAAAAAAAAACAUUUCUAUUUAUAUGUUCAACAAAAAAAUUAAUUUAAUUUUUAUUGUUGUAUUAAUGAGAGAGAGAGAGAAGAGAGAGAGAGAAGAGAGAGAGAGAGAGAGAGAGAGAGAGAGAGAGAGAAAGAGAGAGAGAGAGAGAGAUCCCCCUGCAAGAAAGAAACUAAAGAGAGAAAGAAAAACAAUCAUUGUCACGGUCUCCUUCCUCCUAGUAAGAAAUGCCCAGGCAAGCUAAGAGCCGUGAGUGCGACGAGUUAUUUAUGCGCGCUGAUUUGCAUUUAUAUGAAAAAAGCUGCGCCAUGAGAAUAUAUUUUUUUGACUUGGCUGUAAAUAGUAGGGCAAGUUUAGAGAAAAAUUAUAGUUGUUGACUAAAAAAAUCUUAUCUAGUUACAUUUAAGGUUACAAUGUAGGGAGGAACAAAUUGAGAUGAAGUACUUUUUUGUGAUCGCCAAGUCUUCUGUGAAUUGAACCCAAGAUAUACUGUAUUUAUUGACCAUUGAAUAUUGUAUUCGAUGGACUGAACAAUUUUCUUAGCAAUUUCUUUAAUUUUUUUUCGUUUUAUCUAAACGAAGCACUUGUACCAUCACACUAUUAUUACUAUUGUUGAAUCAAAAUUUGCGUACAAGUGCUUGCUCUCUAUAAAAAACGUUGCAAUAUAUUGGUGGAAUAAUUUUUAAGUUGAUGGAAAAGCUUAAAAAUGCGCAUUUCCUAGUUAAGAAGAGGCUUAGCACAAUAGGUAUAAUUUACCUUUUAUCGCGUAUGCGUAGCCCAAUUAAUUAUUUUUUUUUUCAUUUUUUGAAUUGUACAUAACUUUUUAAUUCAUUUUAAAAGUAAAAAACAAUUUCUUCGAAAAUCAUCGUUUUACGCAUAUUUGUAAUUUAAACUCGAGCACAAUAAUUGAUACGAAACACAUAAUAUUCUUAGCCAAUGUACACACUUUUUUACAAAGAAUGUGAAAAGGAGAGAGAAAGAGGGGAAUACAAGUAAACGUUUUUUCUAAUCUCACCGAGAGCUUCUUACUAGUUAUUAUUAUAUAUAUAAUAUUAUAAAUAAAUGCACGCGAACGUUUUUUGAUCCGUCGUGUGACAAUUAGUGUUCGCGUGGAAAAUAAUGAAUUUUUUUACAGAUUAAAUAACGAAGUAAUUAAAAUUAAGAUUACGCGUAUGACGAAUCUUGUCAUUUGCCAACUGUAGCUUUGCGUUUACUUCUUGAGUACCCAUACACAAAAAAAGCCGAAAAGCACCGAAUAGCGCUCGAGAGUCUAUACGUGUUUUUGCGAAGCGUAAUCGCAUACGAGUGUGUAUAUACAAAAAAUGCAGAGCAGAGUAUGGAAUUAUUAUUUAUAGUCUAAUGUUGAGAUACAAUGAUGACGAUUAAAUACAAAUUU